AUGGCGGCCGCAGAGGGGAACAAUGCUGGUCAUCAGCGCAUGCGCGGACAGGAGUUCCUGGUAUGUGGGAUCUGCCUGGAUCACUUCACGGUGCCGAAAAUCCUGCCCUGUGCGCACACCUUCUGUCAGGAGUGCCUUGAAACCUACGCCGGGAGAAGGCGGUUCAUCUACUGCCCAAACUGCCGGCGUGUGGUGGAGCUGGACCCGGCGUCGGGUGUGCGGGGGCUGCCGGGUAACUUCUGGGUCACCAACCUGCGGGACGUCAUAGCCGAACGAGAUAGCGAGAACCCAGAUGCCAAAGGUCGUCUCCUAGGCAACCGGUGCAAGCUCCACCCGGACGAGCAGUGCCGCCAUUUUUGCCAGGACUGUCACGUUCCAGUGUGUGGGGAGUGCCUCUUCUCCGAGCACAAUGGGCAUGCGCUGGAGCGACUGGAGAGGGUGCUAGCUGAGGUCAGAAAAGAGUUGAGGAAGUGUUUGGAGAUCGCCCAACAGAUUGCCGGCGAGCUAAAGAUGGUUCUUCACGAGUUCGAGUCCCGGAGGGUGGGGAAGAGCAAGAUGGAACAGCCACCGGAGUCCCCGGAUGAGGAAGCGGAGAGACAGAGAAUCGAAUGGGCGGACGCCAUGUUGAAUCGACUGCUGAAAGCAUUCAAGUUCUCGCGUCGUGCGGCGGAGCUGUGCGACUAUGGCGGUCUGCAGAGGUGCAGAAAGCUACUAGCCGACCUGAUCAACCAGACGAAUGACGUCAUGGUGGCGGAACGCGCCAAGGUCAGGGAGAUCGCCGCCAUUUUGUACGGGCCCGACCACAACAAGACUACCGCGCCUGCGCGGGACGAAAGCGAGGGCGCCGUGAGCAACGUCAACCCGGUCAGGACGACGCAUGCGCAGCUCCUUCGCGGAGGGGUCGGCGAGGUCAAGUUCUAUCAUCCGUUCAGUGUGGUGGUGGCUGAGAACGGGAACACGUACGUGCUGGACAUGUACCGGUGCGGCCGCGUGCACGUCUUCGGGCCCGGGCGCAACCUGCUCCGAAGGUUUGAGCUGGACCUGAACGGUGUCGCUGCGACGCGAGUUACGGGCGGGCUCACACUCUUCAAAGGUUCGACCCUGUGCUGGGUGGGGACCGCCUACAUGCCCAGCAACAUCGACACCCUUCUACAGCGCAGCUCCUCGCAAUCCCAGAACUUCUUCAUCGAGUUCGAUCACCAUGGCAACAUACAGAAGAACGUGAGCGUGGCCCUGUCGGGGGAGAUCGCCGACGCGGCGUUGCUAAGACACGGGACGGUUGCCAUGGCGAUCAGUUCGAACGUUCACGUCCUUGACGACGAGGCGCACGAGAUUUUCCACUUCUGCGCGAGCGAUUUCUCACCUGUUGAGAAACUCUGCAUCAACGAGCAAAAUGGCGACAUCCUCGUCUCCCUGUGGCCCGAGAACGUCGUCAAGGUAUUCGACUUGCGGGGGAACCUGAAACUGCAGUUCGGUUGCUAUGGCAACGCGGACGGCCAGCUGGACCAACCAAAAGGCCUGUGCGUGGACGCGGGCGGGAGGAUUCUGGUGGCGGACGCGGGAAACAGACGAGUCGCCAUGUUUGACGGGAGUGGAGCUUUUAUAAAGCACAUAGCAACGGAAAUAGAUGGGUUAAAAGACCCCCACGCCCUGUACGCUACUAGGGAUGGCAAAGUAGUGGUGACAGACAUUGGAACACACUCUGUACAUGUCUUCGAGUACUAAAGAUUAUCGUAGAA